AUGCACAUCGUAGUGGAACAGUUAUUUGCGCGUAUGUUAUUUUUCUUAACGGUUUUUCUAAUAUAAAAAAAAACCCAAGGAUUACCAAACAAAAAUCAGAAAAAAAAAACGAAAAAAAAAAAACGGUCAAAAGAAAUUCGGUCAACGGUGCCAUUUCUCCGGUCUUUUGCUUGUUGGUCCAUUCCUAUUUUUCUGGUCUGGAUUUUAUAAAUUAGAACUUAAUUUCUUUCUUUUGUUUAGUCCUUCGGUUCGGGCGGAUUUUUCUCUCUUUAGUUUUGCACAAAAAACUCGCAAAACCAGAUAUCCUUGUUUUUUUUAGUUUUUUGAAAUUAUUUUUGUUUUUUCAACUCGUCCCACAAAAGUUGUAAUUAAAAUCUCAUUCAGUGGGGGGAUGUCAAAUGAAAAAUAUAGAAAAAAAUCAAAAAAAAUUCCCCAGUGAUAGUGUCAUCUAAAAAAGUGAUUUGUCACUAGAGAUAGUGACAUCUAUCGAAAGUGUGCAUAGAAGAAGUAAAAAAAAAAAAAAAUACAUAAAAAAUAAUUGGAAAAGUUGCAAAGUUUGUUGGUUUAUUUUUCCCUUUUGGUUGUUGUUAUUGUUUGUUGUGGUGGGUUUUGUGUGUGUGUGUUCGAAGGCCUUCUUCAAUCCUCUCGGGAGGAGGUUAAAUAAUAUAAAAAAGAAGGAUAUACAACAAAAUACUCGUACGCAUUGUUGCCACUAUAUUGAAAGCAAGCAACCUUUUUUGUGGAUACAAACUAAUACACCUGACACUGGAACAAGGACCACGCUCCUCAACACAAAAAAGGUAUUCUUCGUUUUGUGUACCGUUGCGUUGAGCGCUGCCGCUGUCUCUAUUAAUCCCGGGUAUAAUAUAUACAAUCCUUCGAAGGAAUACAAAAAAAUAAAAAAAAGUAAGGGCAAAAGAAUUUGCCAAAAAAAAAAGUACACACAAAAACGACCAACUUAAAAAAAAGAAAGACAUCCCAAAGUGAUACAUGAAACUGGUUCAUAAAAUGUCUUCCAGCGACAAGUAAGGCAGAGCUUUCCUAUCUCCAUUAUUUAAUCAAAAGUGCACAAUAACUUUGACACUGUCUGUGCUCAUUUCAUUUCGUUUUUUUUUUUUUUUUAACUCUUCUCUUCUGUACUUGAACACUUAACAAAAAAAAAUAAAAUAAUUUUUUAAAAAGAAAAAAAAAAGUACGAGAAAAACCACACCCACCGACACGAGGCAAAGCAACGAAACGGCAAGUCGGCAACUAUACCUUCCAACCUACCAACGACGUCAACGUCAUCUAAAAUGUCGACGUUUGAAAAUUGUCGACCCUUUUUUACCAGGGCAUCAUUAUUUCCAUCGUGCCUUAGCUUUAGCUGCAACUGCACGUAUAUGAAUGAAUGAACGAUCUUUGCGCAUUCAGGAAGAAAGGUCCUCUUUCGAGUGUGUCUGUGUGUCGAGCAGAGCAAAAAAAAUAGGAGAUAUAUCAGCACAGGACCCCUCCGGCGGAUUCAGAACAAACUUUCCACAUCAUUCGUAUACCGAAGAGCUCCACAUAUUUAGCAGCAAAAAAAAACAGUUUUUCUAUAAAUCCUUGUUGGUAAUCACACAAUUCCAAGCACACUGCAUUACCGACAUUGGCAAACAUUUUUGUACUAUUUUUUUUUUCUUUUCAAAAUUCAUAUCUCUGAAAAUAUCCUUUCAAGAAUUCAAAUGCAUCAGGUAUGCCACAGAACCGAAAAAUAAAGCUCUCACUAAAAACAAACUGGAAAACACAUUGGCUGCCUUAUAAAGUGGAUUACAGGAGCACAUAAGGACAUUCAAGAUUUCCAAGUUAAACGAAGCAUCGAAUUUCUGUCGCUUUAUGCCUGUGUGUUCGUAUAAAAAGGAGAAAAAAAGAAACACAUAAGCUCUGUGGCACGUUUCUGAUUCACAAAAAAUAUUAAACAUAAAGGAGUUAUUUUUUUUUUUCUCUGGCACCCUCCUCAGACUGAACCUCAACCCCCUGGCGUUAUGGUGAAGUGAAAAAAAAAAAUAUACACAAACAAAAAAAAAAUAUGAGUGAACAAAAAAUUAAGAUGUGUCUAAGUGCACGUGGAUGAGUGAAUCGUGCGUACGUACCUAUUUGUACUUUUUUCUUAUUAUUUGUUGCUGAAAAUUUGUUUGUGGAGGAAAUUAUUCCGUCAAAAGGAUAUUUUUUUUAUCACACCAUCUUUUCUAAGCCAAGUCAGGCAGCCAGCCAGCAACAGUAGCAAAUAUAGAGACGGUAUCAUCUUACCCAAACCACCCACAAAACAUAUCCUUGUAUGUAUGUAAUAAAAAAAGAAAAAAAAAAAUCAGCGGAAGGAAGUCGUAAUAAUUUUUUAACAGAUUUACCUACUACACACUCACACACACACAAAGUGAAAAAAAAAAAAAAAUAUAAUAUAAAGUGAUUUAACUUAUCACUACGUUCGUUGGUUCUUUUAUGUGUUAUUUAUAUAUUUUUUAUUUGUGUAUUUUUUGUAAAUGUGUGUAUUUUGUGGAUAGACGCAAUAUUUCAAUUGGCUGUACAAAAAGGAUUAUGCCCUUAAAAUGAAUUUAUCCUUCGAUACACGGAUCAUUCUACUCAUCUACAGUUUGCUUCAAGGUCUAGCGGGUCUCCGCUUAGUAAAAGUCUCAAUACCCGCCUACAAACUACGUGGUGAAUCCACAUUCCUUGAGUGUCAGUACGAAUUGAGUAGACCGAAUGGAAGCAACAUGCUGAAUGGUAAUCUCAGACAUAGUGGCAGCAGCAGCAGCAGCGGCAGCAACAACAAUGAUGGCGGACGAGGCAAUAGUGGCGACACAUAUAUCGAUAUGGAUUCCGAUGAUGGCUUAUACAGACGCAUAAGGACACAUCAAUAUCGCCGAAUAUACCACCAACAACAACAGCAGCAACAACAGCAAUCACAAUAUUCCCUGCAACCGCAACAAUAUCAGACACAAGCAUCAUCCUCUUCCUACAGAAUAUACGAUGAGCCAAGUCGCCUGCGGGACCAUCACAAUUCGUUUAGUGGCAUAAGUAGUAGCAGCAGUAUAAGCACGUCAAAUAACAAUGGUGGUGGCAUUGAGAUCGACAGUACUGAACAUAGUGACGAGGGUGAAGCUCUUUAUGCCGUCAAAUGGUACAAGGAUAACGAGGAGUUCUAUCGAUUCGUUCCAAAAUCUGAUCCACAAAAGCAGAGCUUCCCAGUUGAUGGUAUACGUGUAAUUGACGAACAUUCAGAUAGCAGACGAGUUUUGCUGCGAGGACUGACACUCAAUUCGACUGGACUCUAUCGAUGUGAAGUAUCCGCUGAAGCACCAAACUUUUCAUCUGUCCAGGGUGAAGGACGAAUGGAUAUUGUAUAUCUUCCACGCGAUGGGCCACAUAUCAAAGGUCAGCAAUUUCAAUAUCAAAUUGGCGAUACGCUUAAUCUGAAUUGUACAUCAGGAAAAUCACAUCCAGCGUCACAUUUACAGUGGUUUAUAAAUGACGAACCGCUGAUUCAUUCGAGUUCCUUGGUGCGAUAUAAUGACACUGUGCAUAGGCAUGGUUUGAUAACAUCGACCCUAGGACUUCAGCUGACUGUUGAUGGGCGACAUUUUCAUGAUGGAGCUAUGCGAGUUAAAUGCUUAGCUAGCAUAUCACCGGUCUUGUGGAAAGGCGGAAAAGAGAGUGUUCUGCAACGAAGACCGGGUGUUAUAGAUAAUAGAGAGGCAAUGUUAUUAGUAUUGAGUUCUGCAACACAAACGAAAAGUAGUUUAGCGUUAGUGGCAAUCAUACUAGUUCUCCUUUAUAGAUUUGGUCAAUUAAUCUUGAGAUAAAAAUUUUAAGCUGUACAGAAAAAUAAAAAAUAUAUAAAAUCAUUUAAUAAGUCAUUAAAAAAAACAAAAUAUUUGUUUUAUUCUUUUUACUUCAAAGUAAAAUUACUGAUUUGAAUAUAAUAAAAAUUUAUUUUUUUUGUCAAAAAUUGUGUAUGUAUAUAAA